AACAAAGCUAAGUUAGGAAGAAAGCGAUGUUUCAAUGGUAAUUUUCAAUAUAAACCUUCAUUGUGACUGGUAAAACAACGACACUGGCAUUAUGGGAAGUCUAAACAUGGCUGAGAUUUCUGUUGACGCUCACUCGGGGUUCAUGACCAUCCACAGCCGCCAUAAACUUGAUGUGAAUCAAAGUAAAAUCAUUGGCGCUGUUGCAAUUCUCCUUGUCGAACCAACCAACACAUCUGAUAGCUCGACUGCAGCAGGUGUAAAUCCAGCGUCAACAUUUACAAGAAACGCUCACAAAGACGACGUGAUUGAUAUCGAUGACCCAUGCUCCGGAGGUACGGGUCGCGCAACCCUCAUUGUCCCCUCUUCUGUAUCCUUGAUAAGCUCGCCGUGUGGGUGGAUGGGAAAUGAGAGAUUAGCGAAGGUCGCAACAGGACACAAUUUUGAAAACAAUUCUCAUUCAACGUCACCGGAACACAGACUGCGGAACACUGCACACGCUAACCAGGCAAGUUCACUAAACAAUACGAAAGAAACAAUACACGAGAGAAAUGUGGACCAAGAAUCAGUUCAGUAUUUGUACUCAUCAAGUGAUAAAUCAAGACAAAGACCAUAUGAUCAGAGUAAGAGUAAACAGACAGACUACAAGUCUCCCAGCGGAGAAGACAUGCCCACCAGGAAUGUAAGUGUCAUUGACUUAACUGAUCUAGCAGGCCGUCAACCCCAAAACAAACAGGAUGCACAACCCACUGUCACAGCACCGUCUGGUAAUACAUAUAGAAGACAGGGGUCGUCUAACACUUUCCUACGUCCAGUUAGAGAACCUAGAGCGUCAUCACAAACGAAAGUUACUCAACUGGUGCAUGCUCCUAGGGUCAGCUCACCGUUUUUAUCCAGAGUGAAUUUUCAUUUACAAAGAAGGAAGUAUAGGAACACUAAAAUAAGCAAGCUGGUUCAACAGCCGCCAAGCCAGCGAGCGAAUGACGCAAAGUGUUGUGCUUGUGGUGAUGUGUUGACAAGUUUUGCGGACAACCAGUCACAUAGCACCAAACAUAACCUUCCCAACCAGUGUGUGGUGUGUGGGAUCACGUUGCCAGCGACCAGUAACUUGCGCAGACAUUUCCUCGGUCACAUUCACAACAUCGCGUUCACGUGUCCCUUCUGUCCUGCCAUGUACAGACGUAAAGAUAACCUUACGUCGCAUCUGUUUCAGAAACAUAACAUUAAUUCGAUGCAAAGGAGAGCACAGCAAUUGCUAACAAGAUUGGGAAAAGUCCCGAAACCGAUUCAAGAAAUCGAAGGAACUCAUCAGACACCAGCAUCUCAUCAUGAUCUCCAUGGAAGUCAAGGCUUUAUUGAAGUACCAGGUGACUCUACUUCUGAUUCUGGAAAUACAUCUGUGAUUCCAGUAUUGUCGACGUCUUCAAACGAUUCGACAGAGAACACCAUGCACCCUCCAAUGGAAACCGACGUGCCUUCAGAUAUACCACAGGUGGUUUCCAGAAUACCUGAUCCCAACUCAGAUUCAGAGGUGUGUCAUCCUCUUGUCCAGCCUAAUGACUCUCCAAUACAGAUAAAAGAAGAACCGGAGGGGUAUUUUGAUGGUCAGGACGUUCAUCAGACCAACACGAUACCUGGGAACCAACAAACGGAGGGAGAUACAACUGACCCUGUUGCCUUAUACUCCGCUGGAGGAACACAAGCAUCAAAUGAUGUUCCCACGACGGAAGGUGUAAACCCGUUAAGCUCGAAUUCCAUUCUCAAUUACAGUUGUAGCACAUGUGAUGUAAAGUUUCCCCAGCUCGAGAAGCUUCAGCACCACGUCUCGGCGUUCCAUUCAGACGAAAUGUCCACAGAGAUGGCUGGUAGUGGUAUACACACCAGUAUGUCGAACGAAAACAUACAUGUGACUACUGCCGAUCCAAUCGUCGCGAACGACUCGGUAGAAGGCCAGGCUCUGUAUCUCUAUAACGACUCGCACGGGUCGGGCUUAGACGAUGAAACCAUCAGAAUGGCCCUGGGAAGUCGCAGCACUCAACUUGAAGAAGUAAUAGACAUUGAGAAUUUGAGUGACAUGCGAAGCUUUCAACAUACUGAAUCCACACCGAUACAGCAAGCCGGGUAUUCUGGAACCAGAUCGGGGGAUAUACUAUCCAAAGCAACUGAGUUCUUAGGAAAUAUAUAUCCAAGUUAUUUUCCUCCAAGCUACGAGUCUUCGCCUUCAAACAGUUUGAACAAGAGUUUUGAUAUGGAUGCUUCUAAUACAGGAUUCACCGGAAGGAAGAAAAUAAGUAAAGGUAACAACAAGUGCCUGAUCUGUGGUAUGUUACUGACAUCAUGGGAAGCAAUCAUGGAACACGGGGACCAACACAAUAAUGUACUUCCCACGGACUAUGGGACCGGGAAAAGGUUCCCCUGUGUGGUGUGUCAGACUGUACUCAGUACUAGGGACUCUUUAAGGAGACACGCUGUCAAUCACAUGGGAGUACAACACUUCUGUACCAUGUGUUCCGCAGUGUACAGCAGGCGGGACAACCUACUGAAACACAUGAGGGAUACUCACGGCAUCCAACCCCCAAGGGCUUGAAUGGCACGUAAAUUGUAUUUGUAAACUGUGAUGGUUAAUUUACACACAUAUUUAGAUAAUUCAAGACGUCUACACUCUUGCGAGCAGUUAUCAUAGUCGGGUGUAAAUUAAUUCUCAUAUACCUUCAUAAAGUUUGGUGACAUUUUCCAAGGACGCCUGUUCAAUAUUUACCAUUGCCAUUUAACGGAAACCUAUAAGGAUUAUCUUGAAUAUUUUCAUGAUACGUGUAAGCUUCCGUAUUAUAAUGUAAUGUAAAUGUUUGUGCAUCAUAUACAGCCAUUGUGCAAGUUACAAUCUGAAAUGUGUUCAGUUUCAACAACACGUAUUACCACCAAGUUAAUCUCAUCUCAUCGCUUGAAGAGCUAAAAGACAUAACAGCUAGGUAUUUUCAUUGCGAAAGACAUAUAUAUUUCUCAUAGUGCUUUGGAGUUUUGAAAUCCAUUGUGAUAUAUAUAUAUGCUAUGUACAAAUUAUCACGUCUGGGUAUUGGGGUUAUCUAGAGCUAGACCCAUAUUUUUUGUAUACUGUUGUUGUAACCGGCUUGAAGUCUAUAUAAAUGACGG